GUGUGUAUCGAUAGAAUACUCGCGGAAUAUCAUUAUCAUCUGCUUCGUCUGCAAAUUCUCUACCACUGAACCGAAAACCGCCGGGCCAUAAUACUCUUUGCACCCCCUUCUUUCUUAAGGGUUUUUCUUUCUUCCAUUCAUUUCUUUUACUUCUUCUUAUUCAGCAUGAUGCUUCAUACGUUAGUUUCCUCCAGUUCGCCUCUCUUCUCUCCAUACUGCUCUUCUGCUUCUUACAGACUCAAUCCCCUUCUUUUCUCCAAACCUCGCCGCGGCGUUAAACUUUUCCCUCGCUGGCAUUUCAGUCCUUUCAGAAUUAGGCCUCUUGCAGCAGCUGCUGCAACGGAGAAUGGCGUGUUUACUUCUCCAGAGGUGGCAAAGUCAUUUGAUUUUACUUCAGAGGAACGGAUAUACAAUUGGUGGGAGUCUCAAGGGUAUUUUCGGCCAAAAUUUGAUCAAGGAAAUGAUCCAUUCGUGAUUUCAAUGCCACCUCCUAAUGUUACUGGUUCACUGCACAUGGGACAUGCAAUGUUUGUGACUCUUGAGGAUAUUAUGGUUAGGUAUCAUCGAAUGAAAGGAAGACCAACACUUUGGCUUCCUGGGACUGAUCAUGCUGGUAUUGCCACUCAGUUGGUAGUGGAAAGAAUGCUAGCAUCUGAAGGAAUAAAAAGAGUUGAAUUGAGCAGAGAUGAGUUCACAAACAGAGUUUGGGAGUGGAAAGAGAAGUUUGGUGGAACCAUCGCAAACCAGAUUAGGAGACUUGGUGCUUCUUGUGAUUGGACUAGAGAACACUUCACCCUUGAUGAACAGCUAAGUCGAGCUGUAAUCGAGGCAUUUGUCAGGCUUCAUGAGAAAGGCUUAAUCUAUCAAGGAUCUUACUUGGUAAACUGGUCUCCCAAUUUGCAGACUGCAGUUUCGGAUUUGGAAGUUGAGUAUUCUGAAGAAUCCGGUACUCUGUACCAUAUCAAGUAUCGUGUUGCUGGAAGUAAUGACUAUCUGACAAUAGCAACAACACGUCCAGAAACUUUAUUUGGUGAUGUAGCUAUUGCAGUGCAUCCAAAGGAUGAUCGAUAUUCCAAGUAUAUAGGUAUGAUGGCGAUUGUGCCUAUGACAUAUGGCCGCCAUGUCCCUAUCAUCUCUGACAGGCAAGUUGAUAAAGACUUUGGAACUGGUGUGCUGAAGAUAAGCCCUGGACAUGAUCAUAAUGAUUAUCUUCUAGCAAGAAAGCUUGGUCUCCCAAUACUUAAUGUCAUGAACAAGGACGGGACACUUAACGAGGUUGCUGGAUUAUACUGUGGCCUUGAUCGGUUUGAGGCCCGGAAGAAGCUGUGGGCAGAUCUGGAGGAGACGGGCUUGGCUGUGAAAAAGCAACCGCACACUCUACGAGUUCCCAGAUCCCAACGUGGUGGAGAAAUAAUAGAGCCACUAGUUAGCAGGCAGUGGUUUGUUAGCAUGGAGCCCCUGGCGGAGAAAGCUCUUCUUGCAGUUGAAAAAAGAGAAUUAAGCAUUAUUCCUGAAAGAUUUGAGAAGAUCUACAAUCACUGGCUAUCAAAUAUUAAGGACUGGUGUAUAAGCAGACAACUCUGGUGGGGACACCGCAUACCUGUUUGGUACAUUGUGGGAAAGGAUUGUGAAGAAGAAUAUAUCGUUGCAAGGAGUGCUGAUGAAGCUCGUGAGAAAGCUUUUCAGAAGUAUGGAAAAGAUGCAGAAAUAUAUCAGGAUCCAGAUGUUCUUGACACAUGGUUUUCCAGGUCUAUUUCUAAUACUGCUAAGGAUUCACAUAUUUUUAUUGUGAAAGCAUUGAAUCCUAACAACUACACAUGA